AUGUCCAAGAUGCUUUCAGGGCACAUGCCCUGGUCCCACAACGACGAAGGGCAGGGAAAACAGCAAGAAGAAGAUGGCCAAUCCCUCACCACCGUACUGGAGACGCCCGAGCUCCGCGGCGAGCUCACGCUCCUGCUCGCCAACUGCCUCGCGUCGAUGCGCGCCACCAUCACCGACGCCUUCGACGCACGCUUCGACAGCGCCGACUCGCAACCAGAAGCAGACCUGACGGGCGACGACGCGCUCCGCAACCCCAACCUGGACGCGGGCAGCGUCGACGUCGAGGCGCUGGACAAGCAGCGCAGGGAGCGCGAGAAGCGAGAGAAGGAGCUCUCGGCGCCGGCGAUGCAGGAGCUCAAGAGGGCGGCGCUCGGCUUCUUCGACGACUGGCGCGACGCGGUGCUGGCGCGCGUCGGCGAGGUCGUCAACUCAAAGGAGACGGCGCAGGGCCAGAAGAAGAAGGCGGUCGCGGCGUCGGCGCCGAAGGAGGGCACGAGGCAGCGGACGCUGUCGUCGUCGUCGUCGAGGUCGUCGCAGCCGGACGAGGCGGUGGGUAGGGCGUUGAAGGAAUUGUACCCGCCGAUCGAGACGCCGCUUGUCGAGCUGGGAGAGGAGAGGAGAGCGUUGGUGUUGCAUUCGAUGCUGCUGUUGCUUCUGAGCUUGGAGAAUUAUUCGGCGCAUUCGAGGAUCCUGCUGCUGUAUUUGGCGAGCAGCUUGCGACUGGGUGUUGAGUUUCUGACCGACGAUGAGAAGAAGGUGGCGAGAGGCCUGCUGGAGGCGGCUCAUAAGAUGUCGGCGGAAGAAGAGACGAAGAAGAAGGCCGAGGAGAAUGCUACAAGCCGCAAGUGGAAGGUCGGGCUGGCUUCCGUCGCUGGUGCCGCUGUCGUGGGCAUCACUGGCGGUUUGGCCGCCCCUCUGUUGGCUGCCGGGUUAGGCUCCGUAAUGGGUGGACUCGGUUUAGGUGCCACUGCUGCAGCUGGCUACUUGGGAGCGGUGGCUUCCAGCAGCGUCAUCGUGGGCGGCCUUUUCGGUGCCUACGGCGGCCGCAUGACAGGCAAGAUGAUGGACCAAUACGCCAAAGAGAUCUCAGACUUCGGCUUCGUCCCCAUUCAAGAGUUCCACCGCCCGCGCAAGCUCGACAAGGAGCACCGGCGUCUACGCGUCGCGAUCGGCAUUUCGGGCUGGCUGACCAACAAGGACGAAGUGGUCGAGCCGUGGCGUGUCAUCGCGCCGUCCAUCGAGGGCUUCGCGCUGCGGUACGAGCUCGAGGCAAUGCUAAAUCUUGGUAACGCGCUCAUCGGCAUGGUCAAGAGCGCAGCGUGGGGCUACGCUAAGAGCGAGAUCAUCAAACGCACCGUCUUCGCCAGCCUGACGGCUGCCCUCUGGCCCAUCGGCCUGCUCAAGAUCAGCCGCGUCGUCGACAACCCGUUCAGCGUGGCCAAGGCCCGCAGCGAAAUGGCCGGCCAGGUGCUCGCUGACGCCCUCAUCAACCGCGCCCAGGGCGAGCGCCCCGUCACCCUCGUCGGCUACUCGCUCGGCGCCCGAGUCAUCUACUCCUGCUUGCAGACCCUCGCCGAGCGCAAAGCCUUCGGCUUGGUCGAGAGCGUCGUCAUGCUCGGCGCGCCCACGCCGUCCACCGCCGGCGACUGGCGCCGUAUGCGUAGCGUCGUGUCCGGCCGCGUUGUUAACGUCUACUCUACUAACGACUACAUCCUUGCUUUCCUGUAUCGCACGUCCAGCAUCCAAUAUGGUGUGGCGGGUCUGCAGAAGGUCGAAGGCGUGAGGGGAGUUGAGAACGUGGACGUCAGCGACAUGGUCUCGGGUCAUACGCGCUACCGGUAUCUGGCGGGUCGGAUUCUCAAGAAGAUUGGCUUCGAGGACGUCGACUUGGUGGAGGUAGAGAGGGAGGAGCAAGAGAUGCGGAAGGCCGAGGAGGAGGAGAAGAAAGAGGCUAAAGGACAGAAGAAGGAGGAUGGGGAAGGCAAGGAUGCGGAUGAAGAAGCUAAAGCCUUGGAAAAGGAGGUGGAGACGAAGAGUCAGCAAAGUCUAAUGGAAUGGACGACUGAGAAGCUGCGGCUGGGCGGAGGAAAGAGUGCAGGCAAGAAGGAUGAGAAGGUGGAGACACAGACGGCGAUGUGA